CAUUACACAAAAUAUAUUUUUACGUUAUUUUUAGGUCAAAUGUAUACUGCCUUUUAUUAGUUAAUUUUAACCUAUAGGAAAUUAUUUAAAUUAAUCAAAUUUGUUUAGUUAUGUACUAUUUGUGAUGACUUCUUGUUGUGGUAAUGAAAUAAUAACUAAUUCUGCUUUAAGCGAAGUUUUUACCAGUAAUUUACAUCAAAUUUUAUAUUUUAUUUACUUUCUUAGCGAAAAUUGGGCGAUCGUUUGUAUUUUUGUCACUAUAUUUGGCGUAGCAGCGUGUUUUAUUAGUCGUAAAACUGGUAUAAAUUGUGUGAAGUUUUCGUCCGCGACAUCGCUAAAUAAGCCCGUCUUGAAAGCAAAAGUAAUUCAACCAGCUUCAAAGAUCCAGUGAGAAACCUCAGUUACAUAAGGGCGAGCAUCGUCGCUAAAGUCACUGCGGGUGGGGAGGCGGGUCCCGCGGGCCCUCCGGCCGAGGACGCCGCCAUGAAAGGCGUUGAAGCAACACCAGAAGAACAAGAACGGUUAGCGACAGGAAACAACAAUGGAUCGCUUGACUGCAAGAUACCGUCGACUCAGCAGGCGCAACAACGCUCCGCGUUUCAUUCCACCAGAGUGUUCAUGCUGGUGUUUCUUUCGGGAUGGGUUCUACAGGGCAUGUUUCUUACGUAUUUCGUAAGUGUGACAACGACCAUAGAGAAGCUGUUCAAAAUGGAGUCAAAGACUACGGGUGUGCUUUUAGCAGCGACAGAGAUCGGACAGAUAUGCACAGCGUUAUUCCUGACGUAUCUAGCAGGUCGUGGGCAUAGACCGAGAUGGAUCGCUUGCAUGAUGCUCGUUUUAGCAGUGGGAGUGAUCGGCUGUGUAGUACCGCACCUGCUGUAUGGGACGCGGUUAUUAGAUGUUCAUUUAGACGCACAUAGAGCAGGUCCGGCGCCGGUGUGCUCGCACUACGCUAACGCGACCGUCUGUGACGCCAGCCAGUACAAGAGCACGGAGACCCGCUCAUCCAUAACUGCGGUCAUAAUUCCAUGGCUCUUCAUCUGCCUGCUAGUCGUCGGCGUGGGACAGACCGGCAUUGCCACGCUCGGAAUACCUUAUGUUGAUGACAAUGUUGGCAGCAGACAGUCACCGCUUUAUAUGGCAAUAACUAUCGGCAUCCGUGUGAUUGGACCAGCUUUGGGAUUUCUACUUGGGGCUCUCUGCACAAGAGUGUAUGUAAAUCCGCUGUUGGAUCCGGGUUACGAUUCCAGUGAUCCAAAAUGGGUUGGCGCUUGGUGGCUCGGUAUGGUGUUCAUAGCUGGGUUCAUCGUGAUCCUAUCCACCCUCAUGUUCUUCUUCCCGCGUCAAAUAAGGCAGGAGCCAAUACCGCAGCCCCCGAAGAAAAUAGCCGAAAAACGCGAGCCGUUCUUCAAAGACUUCUUCGCGACAAUCAAGCGUCAGCUCACAAACGACAUUCUCAUGUGGCGUACGGCCAGCUCCGUGUUACACCUGAUGCCGAUCAGCGGCGUCUACAGCUUCCUGCCCAAAUACCUGGAGAAGCAGUUCAGACUGCCCACGCACGACGCCAACCUUGUCUCGGGUCUUGGCGGUAUCCUGGUGAUGGGGCUGGGGAUCAUCACGUCGGGCGUGGUGAUACUGAAACUGGUGCCCACCGCGCGGCAAGUGGCCGCGUGGACAGCGGCCACGGCGGCCAUUUAUAGUGCUGGCAUGGUAGUCCUAAUGUUCGUGAGCUGCCCAGAGGAGAGCUUCAGAUUGUUGGAGGCUGGCAACCCUAACUCUAGUCUGUCGUGCAGCAACGACUGUCAUUGCGAAAACGUGUCGUUUAGCCCGGUUUGUGGUCAGGAUGCCCUUACGUACCUAUCUCCGUGCCAAGCGGGGUGCGCAGAAAGUCGGCAGUUGGACAACAACACAUGGAUAUACUCCAACUGUACUUGUAUUGACAGCAGUGGAAUAGGCGAGAAGGCGAUAAAAGCUUUAGAAAAAUACGACAUAUCCGACGCGGCGCUGGACGGUUUCGCCGUCACUGGCGAAUGUAGCGGCCCCUGCAACAAGAUAUACGCGUUCAUAGCGAUCUUCGCCGCUCUCAUGUUCGUGCACGCCAGCGGCGAAGUGGGCGCCGUGCUGCUCAUAAUACGCUGCACCGACAAGCGGGACAAAGCAAUGGCGAUGGGCGUGAUCCAGUUCGCGAUCGGCGUGUUCGGCAACGUGCCGUGCCCGAUCGUGUUCGGCGCCGCCGUGGACGCGGCGUGCCGGCUGCGCGACGCCGCCUGCGGCCUGCUCGCCGCCUGCGCCUCCUACGACAACCACAGCCUGAGGCACUUCUUCUUAGGUCUAUCAGCGGGCCUCAUGUUUCUGGCGUUCAUUAUGGACCUUCUAGUAUGGAGUAAAGCGGGCCGAAUCGAUAUGAACCCGGCAGACGGCCCCCGCGCGCCCCACCGCCGCCCCCCCUCCGACACGCAGCUCUGACGUCAGCACACCAUCUACCAAUCACACGUCUGAAUUAUGACGCCACAACGCUGGCCAAUCAGACAUCGCACGUAGCUUACAGCGGCUACAAAUCGUAUGUCUGAAUACGCGACACUGAUGAUCAAUUUGACAUCUAAGCCAAAUGUAUGAGGGACGGAGUCUACUAAUCGCACGUGUGGAUUAAGACUCGACGCUAAUACAGUUUAACAAUCACAAGCCUAAAAUAUAACGUACCAGUAAGUGGUUAAAUUCUUAAUAAAAUUAUUAGGAGGUGGAUUUUUGUAACAAAUUUAUUUUUAACAUAUUUCAUUAAAUAUGUAAUGCAUAAGCACAACAUUGUUGAUGCACUUAACACAGACGUAGAAAAAAGGCGGACGGAGGGUGGAUUGAAAAUAAGUGAAGCAUCGUAAUGGCGGCGUUGUAUGCAUGUGUGAGUGACAGAAAAAUUGACAUUUCGUGAAAUAAACUAUGACGCAUCUAUAACGUAGAGGCGGCCGACUGUCACACUGUUAGUGAGGCAUGUAUAUACUACUGUAUAUUAUUGGUGCUUCAUUUUGCCGUAUAGUAAAUCUCCGUCUGCAUUUUUUAUUUGACUAUGGCAUAUAAUCAAUAAAUAAAUAAAAAAUCCAUAUUUUUAUGAAAAGUGUUGUUCGAACUAUUUAAAAAUUUGCGUUAAACUUUUACCUCUUUCCGAUCUGUUUACUAACUACAUAUUUGGCUUUAUUCCAGAAUUUCAUUUUCAAAAGGCUUGGCCUUAUUACCUCCUGUUUCUUAAAAGUACGGCCGUUUUAUUGCCUCGAACAACACCUAAAUAAAUAAUUCUGUAAUGUUAUUUUUGUAUAUAUUUUUUUAAAUAUUAUAUUUAAACCGUAUUUGGUGUGCGACAUUAUAUGAAUUAAUUUUAUAUAUGAAUCUUUCUAUAAUUGUAAAAAUAAUAUGUAUGAAAUUUACUGCCCUCUUUCAUAAACGAUUUUCUAUUUAAUAAUUGUUUAAACCAGUGUUUAAAGUGUUCGUAAUAACUUUGGAAUAAUUUUAUGACUGAAGAAAAAAAAAACGGAACUGUGCAUUUUCUAUGAUAUUUAUGCAUUUUGUACACUAGUUUCUUAAAUGUAAGCAAUGUCUGCUCAACUUUACAACAAUAUUGUUCUUUAAACGAAACAUAUGGUAUAGUAUACAUUUAAGAUAAAUGCAUGAAAUUCUUUGAUACUUUGGCUGACUGCUUUGCUGCAAUUCCAGUCCCUUCUUUUUUAACCAUUUUUUUAUCUUUGUUAUGUGCGGUCAACUUAGAAGGUAUCUUAUGACCGUAUCAAAAAUUUUCUAGAACCGGUACUACUGACUAAUUAAAAAAAAAUUGAAUAAAUGUGUAAAUAAUGUCGGAAAAAAAAAACAAUUUUAUCUGGCCAGUACGUAAACAUCACAUUUUUUUGUACAUAAUCACAAUUUCUGGGACUGAAUAUAGCGAAUAUACAAAAUAUAUAGGUUGAGUAUACACGGGGUUAUUAAAUUUAACAAAAUUACGGCUGUUUUUAAGCCGUAACUUGAAAUAUAUUCCUCAAUAUAUAUUUUUUAAUCUUCAAUGGUCUGUGUAUAUUCAGCAUAAUUCAAUUUUUGAGAAGCAUAUGGCUAGUGAUUAGAUAUAUUAGAUUUGUUUGUUUUUAUACAAAAUAUAUUAUUAAAACAUGUAAAUAUAAAUAAAUAAAUUGUAUAAUCACAAUAAUUUAAGUUUAGUUUAUGGUAUUCUCGAUUUUAGAUAAUGGUCUGUUAUUUAGUACUUUUUACAAUAAACUAAAUAUACUCUUUUUAUAUGGAACACAAUACCUUCAACGAACUAUGGCUGGCUGCUUUAUUUCAUAAAAGAUUUUUGUGUCUUAAACUUUUUACUUCUUUUUGUUUUUAACAAAAUAUUUUUAUUAGUUAUCAUUUUAUUGGUAAGAAUUUAUAUAAUGAAUAAAAUAAUAUCAAAAAUGGUAUAAGCAGAACAGCUUUAGUUCAAUUAAAAUAUUAUUUUAAUAAAAAUACAAUUUAAGGCUGGGUCGCGUGUAAAAUUAGUAGUUAAACUAUAAUAUUCAAUUCAAAAGUAGAUUUUACUAAUAAAUUAUAUGAUUUAUGUUAAACAUUCCUAAAACGCGUACAAUUUCGAUCUGAUGUCCGUUUAUGAUGGCUAUGUAUUGCAAUCUCUUGUGAGAUACAUCGAUUUUAAAUUUAUUAUUUUGACAGCCAUUGUGGCGUAAUAGUGGUAACCGGUGACACACAAGGCCCCGGGUCCUGGUCCGAAUCCCGGCCAGGGCAUUAUGAAAAUCUUCUGAAUAGCCUGAUAUAUUUUUUUUACAAAAUUUGGUUUUGUUGAGUUUGUAUUUCAUAACAAAAUUCUACAAGUUAUUUGGGGCUACUUCAAUCUUAGUUAUUUUCCCCAAAUAUAUUUAUUUAUUAUUAAAAUACUACUGUAAAUGACUGUGCAGGAGAACUAUGACUUAUUUUAACAUCUGUUAAAUCACCCUAAUUGAAUGCAAGUGUCCGUGUAUUAAAUAAUUGAUAGUAAUGGUGUUGCCGCAGCCGUAAUAGAAAUACGGUUGCGGCAACUCUGUGCGCGAUUCGCCCUUUAUUUAUCUUUCCUUUUUGUACGCAUUCUAUGAAUGUUUCUUUUUAUUACAGAAUAAACAGAAAUCUGUGAUGGAAUAAAAUAGGUAUACACUAUACUACUGAAUAAAUAAAUUUGUUUACGUUAAUUAGGUAUAUUUGCACGUGCAAUAUCUAGAAAAUGUUACUAUUCAAUGGCAUAAUGUUUUUCAUUUUUAUACAUUCUAAAAAUUUUGUGUAUAAUUAGGAGUAACUUGUUUUUUUUAGUUGCUAAGUCAAUUCAAAUAAUGAGUUUUUUUAUCUUUACUUAGGAAUUUGUUUUUUUUUUGCGAUAGGUUCCUUUGUGAUAUUUUAACAAUUUGAAUAUCGAAAAAACCAAUCUCACAAAUAAAAUACUACUUAUCAAUAUCGAAAAUAAUUACAGUUAAUAAGUUUAUGUCGAACGUGGCUAACAAGGCCAAUUGUGGCAACGUCGCAAGACUCGAAUGCCAUGUUUGACUGCAUAAGUUAAUAACAUAAUUAAAAUUCAUUUUUAAAAGUAUUAUUUUAAAAAUGUCUUGAACGACUGCUAUAAGAAAUUCACACAAGCACAUAAGUACAUCAAAAUUAAAUAAUACCGAGUGUUUUGGCACAAUUUGGUUAAUUAUUGCAUUUUUUUUUCAAUAGCAACCCUAGCUGAUAUAUUUCUAUACAUACCAAAAAGCACUUAUAUAAAUUAUAAUUGAUAAAGAAAAUAUAUUCCUUAUUUUAAUCAAUUUGUGCAUUAACUUUGUGCAAUAAAACUUUACUUAAAGUUUUAUCUAAAUAUUAAAUGUUUACAUAAAUAAUGUCAUCGAUUACUGAUGAUUUUUACUAUCUAGUUGCAAGGGCCAUUAUCUACAUUACUGUAAUGAUUAUUAUUAUUAAUAGUAGUAAUAUUGUGCUUGUCUCAGUGGUAGCUUUUUUUAGAUAAUAUUGUUGUUUGUUACUUUAUGUGAUAAGCGAAUAUAAGAUCAAAAUAUAUUUGUAAUAGUGAAUAAAAUUUUACUAGUCUAUGUUUUAGUGUUAGAAAAUAAUACCUCUGAUAGUUUUAAAUUUAUAUGACAACAAUGAUUUUUUUAGUCCGUGCCCUUUUUUUGUACCAACAUAAACAUAAUAAUGAUCAAGUCUUUAUAGGAACAAAAACAAUCGCAUAAUACUUUAUAUGAAUUGUAAAUAACUAUAUGUUGUAAUUUCUUAACAUGAAUUCUUAACUGUAUAGUUUCGUAAUGUUUUUUUACUUUUUAGGAAUUGUUGACAAAAUUGUUUGAAUAACUUAACCGAACCAAUGUAAUUAAAUUGUUUGAACAACUUUACAAAUGAAGGCAUUUAUGGCUUCAAAACUUUUAUUAUAUAUUUUACUAUGUAUUGUAUAAAUAAGGUAGCAAGCUAUAAAUGUGACACAAAUUAAAAAGCGAUAAAAACGUUUACCUUAUAGCGUCGUCUUUGGCGCACAACACUUUAAUAUAAAAAAAUAUGAUGCCUUAUUCGGACGAAUAAUUUGUAUAACACUAACACAAAGUUAAUGUUAUUAUAAAAUUUUUAAAAUAAUGACAUAACAAACAUGAUAAUAUUAAUUUUAUUUUCGGGUUCUGUUUAAAGUAUCGAAAUAUUUUUAUUUCUACGCCUUUACAAUAAUGUUGAUAAAAUUAAAAAAUAAAUACUGGAUUAAAAACAAUAUCUCUGUCAUACUUAGUUAAAUUUUACCUGCAUUAUUUAACUAGGAAUAAAAAAUCUAAUAGAUAUAUAAUUUAUAUUUUCUUGGUGUUAUGAAUCUUGGUCCAGUUUAAAAUACAUUUGUGUGUACUUUUAUUCUAUUCAGGUCUUAUUUUUGUAAUAAUCCAUAAAUCAAGCUUUUUUUGAAUAAAAAAAUAAAGUAUUUUUUUUAAGUUGAAUUCAUCACAAUUUAGGUAAUGAAGAACCAAAUCAUCACUUAUAUAAUAAUGGAAAUAGAAUGUACCUACGCCUUGCGUACUUUUGCCUUAGAAAUAAAAUAAAGAUAAUUUAGAUGUAAUAAUAAAUGAAUUACGGUAGUAAUUCGUAAGUAUAUCAUGUAAAAUUUAUACUUGGUAAUAUAAUACCACAAUUAAUCUAAUUAUUAUGUAAGUACCUACACAAUAGUUUGUUACAGUGACGCGUGUCACAUAUUUUUAAUUAUUUGUAAAUAAAAAAAGUAUUGA